AUUGAUACUCGUGAAUCCACCUGCUGCUUUGAUAAGGACGUUAAUUUUGAAGAAGAUUCUUCAGGAAAAGGAUAUUGAAGUCAGUGAUAGUAUCGAUCUUCAAAUGUUCGGUACCCUCACGUAUGGCUAUAAUCCGAAGGAGCUUGAGCGGUUGUGUGACCUGGCGAGCUCUGCUCGGUUAACUAGAGAGGUACAUGACGAACCUAGCUCACAUUCCAGCUUGUUAAAAGUCUCUCAGGGAGACCUUAUUGAAGCCUUUCAAAGAAUAGAGCCCUUGUCAAGUUUGCCACUGUUGCAAAGUAUGAAAGACUGGUGUGAGAGUGUUGCCAGUGUCAAGAACGACCGAGGAGAAUGUUUUUAAACUAGUGUAGUGGUUUAUAAAACUAGCUUCGAGUUUCCACAUUUAACUCUUUCAUGGUUUUUCCAA